AGACCCCUUAUCUCAUACUGAGUCCCCUACUUGAUCCAAUACGUGACUUCAGUUACAGACCCAAUGAUCAUGGAGCAGCGAAGGCGCGUCUCCCGAGCUUGCGAUGAAUGCCGUCGAUUGAAAGAGAAGUGUGAAAGCGGCUUCCCAUGUCGCAGGUGUUCUCAUCUUCAACGACAAUGUAAAUACACGGAUCCGAUCCCCGAAACCACGUGAGUUUCGCGCGUACGUUCCAAGGGAAAGCCGUCGGAGACCGGAUACUAGCCAGCUGAUUGAACGAUCAAAACACAUGGAGCGGAUCUUACGGCGUACCAUGCCGGGAGUCUCGCUUGACACCGAAAACCUGUCCAAUAUCGCAGACAGACUCGAAGCCGAGCACCAGGGUGUCAAUCCAGCCUCAGAUGGUCAGAGGGACAUGGAAGGGCUGGGAGAUAAUUUGGAAGAAUUGGAGAUCAAUGAUGAGGCGUGUACGAUGCAACCAGUUGGAGAUACGACAGCGCAUUUCUCAGGGGAAUUCUCGUACUGGAACUUCUCCAUGCGUAUCAAAAAUCUCAUCGAAAGCCAGAUACAGGAGCCGGAGAGCCGACGAGAGAGCAACAGACAGAAUGAUGACCCGGAUGCUUUUCCACGUGCGCACCAUCUGCGUCCUGGGCGUAAUCACUUGUCGGAAGCCACAUCAUCGUUCCCCCCUACCAACAUAUCAAACUUCCUGGUGACAGUCUUUUUCAAGUUCGCAGAGAGCUAUCUCUUCUUUAUUGAAGAAAACUGGGUUUUCGAGAAAUUAGACCAGCUCUACAAGAGCCCUCAAGAUCUGUCCCAAGCUGGUAGUGAAGUGACAGUCAGUAUCCUCCUAACAGUCCUUGCCAUUGGAACACAAUACGCUCAUCUUGAGCACACCGACAGUUCUGAUAGCACCUCAAAGUCAGGCCUCUUGGAGGAAGAGAUAGGUGCCAUGUUUUAUCAACAAGCAAUUCGGCUACUCCCAGAAAUCAUUGAGAUCUCGUCCCUCGAAAGUGUGCAGGCAUGCCUAUUGUUUGGAUACUAUUCCCUGCCGAUUGACGCUUCUGGCUUGGGAUUUGUAUACAUCAACCUGGCUACCAGGCUGGGGAUACAGAAUGGCAUGCAUCGGAAAUGCAGUAACAGCGCCUUUAACGCAAGCGUCAUCGAGACUCGAAAUCGCGUUUGGUGGACGACCUACGUGUUGGAAAGAAAGAUAUCUAUUUUCCACGGCCGGCCUAUCUCGGUGUCUCGGUCAAAUAUCGAUGCCAGUCUACCCACACAUCAGGACGGUUUUCAAUCAGUUGAUUGGCACAAACGAGCUUCUUACACUAGAGUUUCUGUACAGCUGGUACACUUCCUCGAAGACAUGUAUCACGAAAUCAACAUCUUGCGCAAUUGUCGAAAGCGAGAGAUAGUUACGAUUGUAUCCCGACUUGUGGCCAAAAAGGACGGCUUGACUACAUGGUGGCAAUCUCUCCCUCCAGAUACAAUCAACGCGAAUGAGCAACCAACAAUGACACAAUCACGUUCGGCGAUGCACUUAAGACUCGAUUACUGCCUAGUGCGCAUGUUUGUCGGGAGACCAUUUCUAUUGAAGAAAGAUACCAAAGAUAUUGCGACAAGCCCGUCCGUCCCCGAAAGCAGUCCCGGCACCAACGAAAGAAGUGCCUCGAAGCUCGUGACUAGCCGAGAGGAGCUGAUAAGCGACUGCAUCAAAGCGGCAACGGAAGCCCUCGAUAUUUGUCGGCAGCUGCGGUCGAGCGGGAUGGGUCUCGCUCGGGCCUCGUAUUCCGAAUACAGUGCGUGUCGAGCAUCGCUGCUGGUGCUGAUUGCCUACUCGAUCCGCAAUCUCUCUGACCAGUUCCGCAAGACGUUAUGUGAGGGAUUGGAUAUGAUACGGGAAAUGUCUGCUGUGGGAGAGUCGGCGCGCUCUGAAAUUGCCUUGAUCGAGUCCCUUGAACGUGCUCUCGCGCGUCUGCACGCUGGAACACGACCGAGCGACGUGGGCAGCAGCCAAGACCAAGUGUACGCUGAUUCGGCAUACGAAGCAUUCCGCAGCUGGGGAGCCACCUUGGCAGGCAAGAAUGGGCUCGAUGCCACUACACCAGCGGCUUCGAAUGCCUCAGGUGGUCAAGCGGAGAUAGACUCCGUGUCUGGCUGGCCCGUUGACUUCCAGGCCCUGUCCAGCAUGGACUUUUUCAGCGCUUAUGACCCUAUGGCUGAUCCUCUACUCCAACUGCCCGUCUUUGGUACCGAAAAUCUCUCUCCGACUGAUGGAUGGCUUACUCAAUCAGAGACGGAAAUACUGGGGCGGUUCAUUACAGGACCUCAUGGAGGAAGCUAGGCAGUGCAAGCGAAUUAAAUUAAAACGAGAUUAAUCGAGCUUGUUUGAAACGGUCA